AUGGUAAAGGUUAGACCAUUGGUCGAGUUGGAUGUGAUAAGGGAUUUCCAUGAUGUAUUUCAGAAUGACUUGACAGAUUUGCCACCAGACCGUGAAACAGAGUUUGUGAUAGACUUACUUCCAGAGUCGACACCAGUGUCAAAGGCCUCGUACCAUAUGGCACCCACAGAGUUGGAGGAAUUACAAGGUGCAAGAGUCUUUUCCAAGAUUGACCUUAGAUCUAGUUACCAUCAGCUCAAGAUCAAGGAUAGUGACAUAAGCAAGACGACCUUCAGAUAUCAGUACGAACAUUACGAGUUCUUGGUCAUAUCUUUUGGAUUGAUUGACGCACCAGCUGCAUUUAUGGAUUUGAUGGACAGGGUAUUCCAAGACAUGUUAGACAAGUCAGAUACAAGCUUCUCGGUGAGGCCUAUCAAGGUAUUCUCGGAUGUUGAUUCCGGGUUGAAUUUCACCAAGUCAGUGGACAAGGUUUCUAGGUUGAUUUAUACUAAUUCAGGACUUGCCAUAUUGGCAUUAGCAUCAAAUGCUGUACACAAGCUUUGGAAAUGGCCAAAAAGUGAACGGAAUCCAUCAGGGAAGGCAACUGCUAGUGUAGCACCACAAUUGUGGCAACCUUCAAGCGGAAUAUUAAUGACCAAUGAGAUAAACAAUGCAACUCCUGAAGAUGCUGUUCCAUGCUUUGCACUUUCAAAGAAUGAUUCUUAUGUUAUGUCAGCAUCGGGUGGGAAAAUUUCACUCUUCAAUAUGAUGACUUUCAAGAUAAUGACAACAUUCAUGCCUCCACCUCCAGCAGCAACUUUUCUUGCUUUCCAUCCACAGGAUAACAAUGUCAUUGCCAUAGGCAUGGAUGAUUCUACAAUUCAAAUCUACAAUGUUCGGGUUGAUGAGGUAAAAAGCAAGCUCAAAGGUCAUCAGAAGAGAAUAACUGGACUUGCCUUCUCCCAUGCUGUAAAUGUGCUUAUAUCAUCGGGAGCUGAUGCUCAGCUUUGUGUUUGGAGCACCGAUAAAUGGGAGAGGCAAGCUAGUAAAUUCUUGCAGAUUCCAACUGGGCAUGCGAUAUCCCCUCUUGCAGAGACCCGUGUCCAGUUUCACCAAGAUCAGAUACAUAUACUUGUCGUCCAUGAAACGCAGAUAGCCAUAUAUGAUGUAUCAAAAUUUGAGUGCCUUAAUCAGUGGUUCUACCGAGAACCAGGUGGUCUUAUCACACAUGCUACAUAUUCCUGUGAUAGCCAGUCAAUAUAUGCAAGCUUUGAAGAUGGAAGUGUUGGGGUUUUUGUUGCCACUACACUCAGAUUAAAGUGUCGGAUCAGUCCCUCUGCCUAUCUGCCUCCAAAUCCCAGCUCAAGGUUGUUUCCACUUGUUGUCGCGGCUCAUCCUACAGAACCCAAUCAGUUUACAUUGGGACUAACUGAUGGUGCAGUCUAUGUUAUAGAGCCACUGGAGGCUGAAGGAAAAUGGGGAACCAUGCCACCACCAGAAAAUGGUGCAGGGCCUAGUAUUGCGUCUGGUAUGGUUGGUUCAGAUCGACAAUCCAGGUAACAGUGAAGGCUAAUGGCAUUGAUCAAUUACAGCUUGAUUUAUCUCACUGAGCUGUGUCCCCAUUUUGUUUUACGGGGAACCUGGAGGAUGUCGGUAUGGUAGCAUGUAGAGUAUACAUAUGACAGGAUGCUGCCAGGUGAAAGGUAGCUCGGUUAACAUCAUCUUCAGUGUGUCACUGUGGGAUUCCGCUUCAUACUGUUGGAAUCGGAAAUGAAAAGUAUGAUCAAAUGAUGUAAAUGUUUCUGAGGCAUAUAGUUCCGGGGAGGGUGGGGAUCUGCGUUUGAAUCUGGAAAUUUGCCAUUCAAGUACCAUUCAGGGUUUGGGACGAAAAUUGGUCCGUCUGGGAUCCUUUUUUCUCAUGUAUACUUAAAUAAAUAUUUGGUUUAUAUUAUUUAUUUUUUUUGUCAACAUUCGUGAAUAUAUAUAUCAUUGGAUCUUUCCCCUA